UACACUUUGCCACUAGACUGAGAACACUCCAUCUCUGCUACCUGUGGACUCAGGUUGUAAACAACACCAUGGACAGGAAGAUUAUACUGGCCGUUUUGUGUCUGAUUGCCCUAAGUGCAGCUCAGGUGGGCUCUGCAGUGGACCCGACUUCACCCGCAAGCACAGCUGAGAUCGACCCCACAAUGGAUGUGACUUCACCCGCAAUCACAGAUGAGAUCAACCUUACAGUGGGCAAGACUUCGCCCCCGAACACAGCUGGCACAACUACAGCAAAUGCACCAGUAACCGAAGUUUUCACAUUGAUCUUCCGCAUCAAGGAAACCUUUGUUCCAGCACUGGCUAACCCAAAUUCUAAACAAUUUAAAGACAAAGCUGAAAAAGUCACUCGUGAGAUUGAACCAUUGUACAAGAAAGCCUUUAAAAACUUCCAUCUCAUGCAAAUCUUCCAGUUCAGGAAUGGUUCUAUUGUGACACACAGCCUCAUGUCUUUCCUUUCUGGCGCUAACGUGACUGACACCAAAGUGAAAGACGUUCUUGCAAAAGGAGUGAGCAGCUUGACCUUUCCUGUUGAGCCAAACUCCAUCAAUGUCACCCAUGUUAUUAGUAAUUCCAUGCCACCAGUGAUUGCCAGCUCACUUUCCAUGAUAUGGCUGUCUCUUCUACCACUUCUACUUUCAGCGGCAUUGCACUGUUAGCUCUAAGCCUGAUCAGAAAACGCACACAAUAACUUAACAACGCUAUUUAACAUUUCAACCUAUUCUACUGUUGUAAGUAGUUCCUUUUGUAACAUGUAUAUAUGCUUUUUAUUUAUUAAUAUUUAAUUCAUAAGCUAAAUGGAAUCGGGUGUUUUUGUAAACAAUAUCUGCUUUCAUGAGAAAAACAAAUUUUAAAUUAUGAAACUGAGGAUUUAAUGAUGGUGAUGACAUACCUGAACACUUCUCCACUUCUAAACAGUCCUAUUGAUUGCUGUCUUUCAUUUAUUCAAUUUAAAUCAAUAGGAAUAUUCUUGAAACAGAUGUAUAGUUAACAGGAUAAAC